AGUUCAUGUUGGGUUCAUUGUUGAUACGCAAUCCUGGAUGGGAAAAAUAGUUGAUAGCUGCAUUUCAAUGGCUCUAUCCGAUCUUUACCUUCGAAACAAUCAUUAUCGGUUCAAAUUAGUUGUGCAUACCAGAGAUUCCCACGGUGAUCCUUUCCUUGUUUUAUCCCAAGCCUUGUCUCUCCUGCAAAGUGCCGAAUUGGAUGCCCUUAUCGUUGCAGAAAGUUCAGGUGGAGUGAAGAUUUUAGCAGGGCUUGGAUCAAGGGUCAAGAUCCCAAUUAUUUCCCUCUUUGCAGCUGCACCAUCACUCUCCUUCUCCCAGCAUCCUUACUGGAUUCGAAUUGGUGAAGACGAGUCCUCUCAAGCCAAAGGCAUUGCUACCAUUGUUGAAGAAUUCAGGUGGAGAAGUGUUAUCCUCAUUUAUGAGGACAAUGAUUCUGCAAGAGAAUUUCCUUCCUCGAAUAUAUGA